AUGAAAGUGGCACAAAGAAUGAUAGUCGGUGCAUUUUUUGGACUCUUAGGUAUCUGCGAAAGGGUCGAUAUUGCGAAUAAAGCAGAAAAUCAUUCUCUGUCUCAAUUUCCUCGUUUUGGUGAUAUUGAUAUGACUGGGGCAACAGCGGGAAAAGACAGAAAUUCUCACACCCAGGAUAAUCUGGAUGGUACAAUCUCAAUAAUUCCUGCGGCUUCCGAACAUUACGUCGGCGUUAGGAUUUCAGAUGAGCUUUACGAGAGACUGGUUUAUUUUAGCAAGAUGUGCGCGCUGACCUACUGUAUCACGUCUAAUGAGAUCAUUGAUGGUUCCACUUUUACAGAUGGCGGAUGCCCCGCUCGUCUCAAUUUCUGCUCCGACAAGCAAUCAAAUCCCACCGCCGCAGAUACCAAAAUCGAGCUCGUCCUUUUGGCUCAAGGUAAGGAGUUAGGAACGGGUUUUCUCGCGGUGGACCAUGAAAAGGAAGUAGUUAUCCUCUCCUUCAGGGGCUCUUCAACAAAUCAAGAUUGGCUCAGCGACUUUGCGAUAUACCCUACUCCUUAUGAACCUGCUUCAAAGGAGUUUUAUGACGAAUGGGUUGCCUCCGGAAGAAUUGGACCUUGCGAAGAUUGCAUGCUCCAUAGAGGCUUCAACGUUUUCCUUAAUACAUUGAGUUCAAAGUUCUUUGAAAAGAUUGAAAGUAUUUUCGAAACACAUCCUGGCUAUGAGCUCGUUGUCAUUGGCCACUCGUUGGGAGCCGCUGUGGCAAGUUUGGCUGGAAUUGAACUACGCUUAAGAGGGUAUGAACCGCUUGUCUUAACGUAUGCAUCACCUAAAAUAUUCAGCAGCAAGCUAAGGGCCUGGGUCGAUGAGUUGUUUGAGACCGAUGAAAUUCAUGAGCGAUCUUUACGCGAAGAGAAGGUCAUGUUUCGUCAAGGUUUUUUCAGAGUUGUCCAUGACGAAGACUACAUUACCAUGGUUCCACCUUUUUACGAACCUGCGGGUCUGGAAAUAUUCAUCAACUAUCCUCAUCUGCCACCAAGGCGCGAACACUUGGAAUAUCACGGCCCAUCAAAUAACUUGGUCUCGGUAGACACACAAUCUCUUUUCAGCACAACAGGACGGGGGCAAGGCCAUAGAUUACUGGGACCACUUGAGACGUGGCUUCAUAUGUACGAGCAUCGUGCUUACUUUAUCUUGAUAAACACUUGUGAUGGUUUCUAA